AUGCAUUCGCCCGUGACGCUUGCGGAAAGGACUGUGGUCCUUGUGGUGGUGGCGCUGCGCGCUGUCACCGGGCUCGGCCACAUAAUCCGAGAUAAUCACUGGACGGCACGCGCCACGCCAAGCCCACGGCCAGCCCGUGCCGGCGUGCCCGACGGCCUGACCAGCGGACGUGGAGGGCGCCUUCUGCUGCCGGGCGACGGCUCGCCCGCGCUCGCGGGCCCGGGGGAGCUGCUUUUUCCACGUGCCGCGCCGCGCCCCGAAAAGACCGCGCGGGGCGCGCUCGGCGGCGCUGCCGCGCGCCACUUGCACGCGCCAUGGGGCGAGAGCCGCGGGGUCUUCUUCCUUUGGUCACGUGCCGACGUCUGCACGGAUCGGAGAAGGGUAUGUUGCUCCUGUAGAUUCUUGGCGCCGCACAGUGAGUAG